GUCUGCUCGACGGUCGACCGUGUCUCUCCGUUCCUUGGAGUUCUCUCGCUUCCGCACGAGCCCUCCCUCUUUCUCUCAUAACUAGCAACCGGCCACUUAUCGCCUUGCCUCAAAUCACAAGCCUUUCCUUUCUUACAUCGCUGCACUCAACCAUUCCACUUUAACUCGAAUAUGAAGCGAAUACUUCCUUCUCUUGUUAACUAUACACAGUUGCGAGCGAUAUUAUGCAAUAAAGAAAAGCGUUACGCGCCAAACGGACAAGUACACGUCGCGUUUGUUCGCAAGAAUAAAACAUAGGAGAACCUCUAACGUAUAUCUUCGAUUCUCCUCUACUCCAUUCUGCUUUCAUCGCAGCAGACGAUUUUAUGCCAAUUUUAUACCUGAGUCGCUACCAUCGAAGUCGAAAUAACGUGCUGUCCUUUAAAAUAGCUACUUCUCUUUUCUUCAUCGUUACUAUCCGUCCGAUACCUUUCGACCCUCCUAAACACCAUGUGCCAACAGUGUUACGUAACAACAGUACCCAAUUUGAUACUAAUGUAAUCUUUAGUUAUUUAGGGAUUGAGAAACCGAUUCACAUAAAUUCGUAAAUAUGUUGGAAUCGAUGAAAUGUUUUGAAUUCGAUGUUUUCACGAAUAAAAUAAUGUUCCGCUUGAUAUAAAGCAACUCUGUUUAUCUCGUGCGAUAUUCGUGUUUCUCGUUUCGUGAUAAACACGAUUUAUAAAAGCUCUGUAAAUGCCAUCAAUCGACUUAAGGCAUUUCCUUUGGAAGGAUUCCUUCCUCCAUUCUAUUUAUCGGUGUCAUUACGUAACAUAUUUUUAGUCGAUAAAUCCAUAUUUAUUUUCCAUUUAUGUUAUCUUCCAAUAAUAUUGAAGAAUUAUUAAUAUUGUGCAAUACAAAGAUCAAGUGUCACGUUUCGCUGAUGGGAAAUCUUCUCUCAUAUUUUUUCUAAUUAAUUUACUAUCGCAAUAUCGCAUGAAUCGUUUUCUGAUAAUAGCACUUGGAAAUAAUAAAAGAAUUUUACGUUUCUUCCAGCUGAAGAAAUUAUAUAAUGGAAACUAACCAGAGACUUAAGAGAGUAGGAUAAGAAACCAAAUGGCCCUACCCCUACAUUUGCCUCCCUUGGCCAUGACCGACGAGAAAGAGAGAGAGAGACAGAGUGUGUGUGUGUGUGUGAGAGAGAGAGAGAGAGAGAGAGAGAAGUCUUCGCGCAAGCUAUAGAAGUUUAGCAAUCAAGGUCAAAUUCAAUCUCGUUACGACUAUGCACACAAAUCAAGUUUCGAAACAAAUUACGAAAACGAUCUACAAGGUGUCGCACGAAUUACGCAAUCCCUAUUAAUUCUGAUUCAAGCUUAGGACAUAAUUCAAUCAAACAUUUGCCAAACUCACUCGCUUUGCUAUAUUUCAUUGUGAUAAAGCAUUCCGUGAUUCGUGUCCUUGCUGAAUUCUGCUUACGAGACACAACGAGGUGAAAUUUGAAGUUGAAGCAAAAAAAUAAAAAACGAAGAAAGAGAAGGAGAGGGAAGCCAAGGUAAUCAAAUAUAAUAUACAUAAAUUGAGGCUUAUCUAACAUAUCUGUAAUUGGAGAAUAUGAUAGAACUGUAGUUUCAAGCAUUUAUUAUCGUGUCGAAUACAUACAUAAGCAUAUAUGACACUCAACUUCUAAAUGCGUCAUUAAUAUCGUUUAUGCGAGCGAGUUUGUUUGUUCAAAGUUUUUUUUUUCAUGCGCAUCAAUAGCGUAUUACAUAUGUACAUUUAAAUUUAUAUUUUCUGCUAAUUUUAGAACACUGUGCAUCUAAGUUGUGAUGUUGUUAUUAGUGACAUUUCUUGCGUACUACACUAUGGUUAAUUUGAAUACCUUUGAUAUUCAUAAACGCGAAAAAGAAUUUGUUACAGAUAUAGGAUUAGCAUGCGAUUGUUCAAUCUACCCGAAGACCGUUCUCUAAUGGCUAAAUUACAUCAUACUCCUCUCUCUCUACGCUAUGCUUUUCUUCUUUACAUGACGUAGAAAACUCGCUCUUAUUGAGCCCUAUUCAAAAUUGAACGUUAGCUACCGCUGGCCGAGCUAUCAUACCAAGGUCAAUCUGGCAAUUGUACACAUGAACAGUUUAAACAAGUGAUUUACAGGUGUGCGGUGGUUUUAUUACGAUAACGAUUUUCGCAUACUUUUGCUCCUUGCUCUAAAGUGAUUAGUUUUCUCGAUAAAAUGGAACCACAAACUUAAUGAUACUUUGCUCGAUAUCAAUUGAAAUUUGCAUUGUCAGUACGUACGACAAUUUGCAACAAAUAGUUAAAGUAAUGACAAAUCGUUUUGUCAAGGUAAUUAAAAAUAAUAAGUAUAUGCUUAGAAAAGGAAAGAACAGAUUUCUACAAUAUGUAAUUUCAGGUUACGUAAAUGAUGAGUAGUUCCUAGAAGAAAAAGUCCGAUUUUUAACAAAAAUAUCGGUGUUGUAGAAAUCUGAAAGUCACCUCUGUUUUAUAAAUAAAGUGCUAUAUUUUUCCUAUGGUAUAGAGUAGGCAGCUUUCAAUAAACGUUCAGUCAAAUAUUUUUCUUCAAGCAUUCUCUCAGUUGGAGCACUUUCGUUUCAUAUUUGCGUAUCAUUUUAACUGAACGCAAUUGGUACACAAACAGACACGCUUUCGAAUGAUCUUUGUAAUCGUGAAAAUAACAAUUAUACUGCAAAUACAUAACGAUGUUCUUGCAUCGAGUAAAAACUGGGAUCACAGAUGUAUACUAGAUCGGUGUCACACGAUAACCGAAACGAUGCUUGUAAGAUUGCAGGUGAAACUAAUACCACGAAUCUUAUAAUACUAUAUAAAAACGAUGGUCUUUAAUCAAGAAACAGAAGCGUUUCGUUCCACGGUCUACUUGUAUACGUUAAUUUCUAUGUUACCCGGAAACGAACGUGAGAAUCAUACUUCAUUGUGAUUUCAUUGAAAUUUCCAAUUAGAAUAUCAAAUAUUUUCUGAAUACUGAAACUGAAUACCAAACUAAACUACAGACAAUACGCGAAGAGACGAAGGAAAUCGUAUCAUACGUUACGAAAUAAAAAUUUCUUGAUAAAGAAUUUGAAAUUUUUUCGUUCGAGCAAAAGUAGUAGUGACGCUGUUCAUCAGAGUGGAAAGAUGGCAGAUAAAAAUGUGCUAAUUAAUGAGCGUAAGAAGAAUACUUAACGAAACCAUAGAAGAACAUAUGUAAUAGAAAACACGUGAUAAAUAAUAAGACUAUAAAAGUACGUAUCUGAGUACGUAGUUGAGAAUAGAUAGAAAGAAAUAAUCCUGGUAAGGCUAGCGAGGAUGUGGGGACAAUGGGCAGGAAUCGGGCUAAAGGGCUGUGUCUGGUUGUGAUCGGGCUCCCCUGAUGGGGCGGUUCGUUGAGCGCGGUGCAGAGCGGCGAGGUAGGUUUCGCGUCGGCGCGGUUCUUGGAGCUCGCAACGUUGCCGGUUUUCCGAGACGAUGGUUACCACGAGGAGCAGCCAGAGUCGAACGAAUCUUUCACAGUCAGUUUUUGCCUUUGAUAGGCGGCGGACGACGCUAAACGUGUCGCGAUGCACGAGUGUGUCAUGUGACAUACGAAACAACAGUAGAACCUUUGCGUUGCUGCUACAAAGUUUGACAGGGCCGGCACGUAGAAACAGAUAGAGUAACUACACACGAAGAAAUAGAGAGAAAGAAAAAAAAAAAAAAAAAGAAAACGCAACGGAAAACAGCGUGUUAUAUGUGUGUGUGCGUGUGUGUGCGUGAGUGCGUGUAUGUGUGGCUCGUUUGAAUGUGUUAUCCAUUUAUAUGCGUAGCUGGGCGCGCGCGAGUGUUUCCAUAGCUGUAUAGUUAGCUGUGUGCAACGGUUAUUGUAUGCUGGCGGAUUACCUUCCCGUCCAAUUUCGGAACUCUGCAAGUCGUUCCAUUAGAGCGCGCACAAUUAUGUUACCGGCUCGACACGGCAAUAGCAGCAACACCACUGCCGUCAUCAUCAACAAAUCCAGUAAUUUCAGUACCUCCAUAAGACACUGGGCCGGAUUUUUUGCGAACGGUUAAGGAUAUACUACCAGUUAGCUCGUCGCUAUCUCAGAGCCGAGACUAUCGGUGCUUCGUGGCUUGUCCAUGAUCCUCGCUUAGGUCAUAGGAAUGAGGGAGCGAGUUUUCACGUGGGACUCGUGGUGGUGGUUAAUAGUCCUUCUCAUUGCGGUGCACGUUACGGAUACGCAGGACGCAACGUUCAUUACGGAAAAAACGUCGCCGUCCUCGCGUGUAGAAUGUGCCACGGGUUGCGAGUGCUUGGACAAUGGAAAAAGCAUACUGUGCCGGGAACGAAACUUCCUUGGACUCGGUCUGUCCAGGCAAGUCACCAAUGUUGUGUUGAGAAACGUCGGAGCCGCUACCAUACCCGUUUCCGCCCUCGAGCCAGCGAUUCGUCUCAAGAGUCUCGCCUGGACUUCGAGUGGAAUCGAGAGGAUAGAACCUGGCGCAUUCCUCGCGACAACGUUCCUCGCACAUCUCAACUUAGGUGACAAUAGGCUGACGGAAUUACCGUCAGACGUCUUCCAUCCGCUGCAACAACUACAGUACCUGAAUCUCACCGGAAACCGGUUGACCACACUCCCACGAGCAUCAUUCCAGGGUUUGGAUUGGCUCGAAGAAAUCGACUUGUCACGCAAUCGUCUCUCAGUACUUCCCUAUCAAGUGUUCGCUUUAUGCAAGUCUUUGGCACGGUUGGAUCUUUCCGGUAAUUUGUUGGUAUCCUUGCCGGAUCACAGUUUCAGGCCCAACAAAAAUCUCCAGGAACUCGUCCUGUCCGCCAACAGACUCACCAAACUUCCACCCCGUUUAUUUUCCGGCUUGAAUCAAUUGAAGAUCUUGGAGCUGGCCGAUAACGAGAUCGAUACAGUUCCGCGCGGCCUGUUCGCCGAUCUCGUAUCGUUGCAGCACCUCGAUCUUUCUGGGAAUCCUAUCACGCGUUUGACAAGCAUCACGUUCCACAGCCUGUCGAAUUUAAGAUGGCUCAGCUUGAAGAAUCUACCGGUCACGGUGCUUCCAUACGACGUAUGGCGACCAGUGAGGAAACUACGCACUCUAUUGCUUUCCGGAACAAGACUAGAGGCCCUUCGUAACGAGGACUUGAAAGGAUUAGAUAAAUUAGAGACAUUGGAAGUGAAUAACAGCCCGUUACGCGAGAUCUCUCGAUGUACCCUGGAUCGUACACCGGCACUACGUAAAAUCGAUCUACGCGAUAGCAAUUUGACCUUCCUACCGGCAAACGUGGCGCAGCUAUCGUUUCUGAGUGAGCUGCAGCUGCAAGGGAACCCAUGGGCCUGCGAUUGCCGUAUGUUCUGGUUCGUAAAGUGGGCCGAAAGCAAGGAGCACCUGCGAACCGUUUUUCAGAGUGGAUUUCGCUGCGGCGACGAAAUCGACGGUACUGCCGAUAUCCUUCAAACCCUUCGUUACUUGAAAUGCGCACCGCCAAAUUUGAUAUAUGCUACGCCCACGCAGCAACAUCUUUUAUUAAACCCCGUGCUACUCGAAUGUGAAUUCAAUGGCAAUCCCACACCGUCAUUAACAUGGGUUACGCCGAGGCUUCAGGUACUGCAUUGGAAUCCUGAUCCAGCAUUUCCCGACGCUUUUGUCGAACAUCCUUCCGUACACGGAUGGGAACAAAGUGUACCGUUUGUUGAUGAUGGUCGCAUACGCAUCCUCGAGAAUGGAUCUUUGUACAUAGCGACGUUGCUCAGGCAGGAUGUUGGACAAUACAAGUGUUACGCGGUGAAUCCGAUUGCCAAUGCCACCACCUAUAUUAGUUUGCAGAUGAAUCCAAUAACAUUAAACAGAAUCAGGAUCAUAAGCAUAUUGGUAGGCGCUGCCAGUGCGACGGCCUUUCUUCUCCUAACGCUUCUCUUGCAACUGCUUCGUUAUCUUUUGCUGAAAUGCGGCUGUCUAAACUGGUGUAUGUGCUGUGGACGGGUGGGUUCCACACCUAGAGCAAAGCAAAUUUACCAAAUGUUGGAUAAUAUCGAGCAAUACAAGAGUCAGCAACUCGAGAGACUACGCGAGAAUUACACUCAACAAGUGCACAGAAUAAAAGAGAACUGUGCUCAACAAGUAGAAUGGAUUCGAGACAGCUACGAAGGUCAAAUGAGACACAUCAGAGACAUACGGGACUACGGAACGAGCCACCUUACGGCUCUCAGAGACCAGUAUUACGAUCAGGUGAGGAAAGUACGGGAUUACUCGACGAGUCAGCUCAAUUGGGUGCGAGAAAACUAUGUCUUCCAGCGUAACAAGAUAAGAAAGUUCAGCGCCCAUCAGGUGCUAAGACUACGCGAGAGUUACAAGUAUCAACAGCAAACACUGAACAAGGUACUAGAGAAUCUACCGAACUUGUAUUUCGAUAAUUGCCGGAGCGGCUCUUGCGGAAAGAGCGAUUCGAUGGUAUUUGAUACAAAAGACGAUGGACCGAUCCGUAUGGAUACUUACUUCAAGGCAAAGAUCGACGAUCUGGCGAACGGCGCUAGUUUGGAGGAUGUCAACAGCGAAUAUUACACGCCAACGGAACUUUCGUCGACCAGUCCUCAUGGAAAUAUAAUGGAGGGGAUCCAUAUAAACUACAUCGAGGAGAUGGGCCCACCGAUUCGAUUUGAUCCGUUGUACAACGUAUCACCGCAUUCGAUAAUUCUGCACAGUAUCGACGAGGACGGAAGCUCACUGUCGGUGUACAAAGAUGCAGACAAUGUCAAGUCGGUUUUCAAAGGCUUGAGCAGCGAAGUCUUAGCCAAAGAGCCUAAAGAAACGCCAGAAAGUUUUGGUCUCCUUGCACCUAGCUCCAGUUUGCCUGACCUACCGCGUGAAACCAAACUUUAGACGAAUUUGAUGACAAGUGUUAAUACAAAAGGGUACUAACCUUUCUUUAUAUAGCAAGAUUACAAUUAAGACGAGAAUGUACUGCCACUGGAUCAUUAUGUGAGAAAAAUAUAAAGAAGUGCCUCUACAUCGGUAAGUGAGACUGUAUUCGCAAGAACGAACGGUGGUAUCUUUCUCUAUCGUGGGAUUUCUUGAAAUCCGAUUGUUCUUUAUUCGUCUUUUAAAAUGUCUUUUUUGCUCCCUUAAAAAUGCUUCAAAACAAAGAUAUACCUCGAUGAACGAUAAGAGAAGAACGCCUACGAGUAUCAAAGGCUGCGAGUGUCCUUUUGCCAACAUCGAUCAAGCCAAUGAUUGUGUGUGCGUGAGUGUUGUUUAAGGAGAACUAAAGAAAAGACAAGAAACAAAAAAAAAAAAAUCGCGGACAGUUGCCAAGGAUUCUUCUGUGAUUCGAUCGAUGACCUUGUACUCUGUCCGCCCUUACACUUUGUGCUUUUUAUCAUUGUUGUUAUCAUCGCUCAGCACAAACGAUAACAAUCGACGACCGUUAGACAAAGAAAACGCUGGAAAGAAACGCAAGAUGUCAUAGUGUUACUGCCAACCCUGCCGUAAGCCAAUUUCAAAAUAAAAAGCUAAAGCUCACAAAACAAAUUGAGAAAGCAAAAAAGAAGAUAAAAGAAGGAAGAGACAAAACUGACGCGUGUAUAAACGGGUCCGUACUAAUUUUCGCCUAAUUGUCAAUUUCACCCGAUUAUCAACGAUUUUGAAGAAAUCGAUCGAUUCGCUUUUAUUCUUCUGUAAAUAAAUGUGCGUGUGACUUUAUCAGUUUGCGAAGACGUGUGACUUCAAUUUUUAUGAAAGAUUGAACUCAGUACCGGUAUACACGAUCGCUGAAGAUUAUUCACUGAUCGAAGUCCGACGAAACCGAUACACUGUUUGUUAUUCCGUCUAGAUUACGUACUACUCUUCUUUCCUUUUUUCUUUUCGCUUUCUAUUUCGAAAAAUUCGAGUGUCCAGACAUUGGAACGCAUGUUAUCUUUUUCUUACUUUUCCAAUGUCCGCGAAUGUUUUCGCUCUUUAAACCUAUCCUUUGUUCGUUAAAAUACAAAUUAUUCGAAAUAUAGAAAUAUAUAAUUAUUUAACAGAAAAAGAACUAUCUUUGUCAAGAACAACACAAAUACAUGUACUUAAUUAAAUAUCAUCAAUAACACAGUUAUACCAAUCGUUCCGAAAAGAAAAACUUUCGAGAAGUAUCAAAGAAGAUAAUAAGUGAUAUUUCUAAAUUCUUUUAUCCAAUCAAGCUUUUGUUACCACAAUCCAACUGAUACAAACACGUACAAAAAAUUCUAGUAGAUCUAUAACGAAAAUAGCCUUUUCUUAAAUAUCAUACUCUAUAUUUUUAUAUUAUCCGCGUCUUUCCUCUUUAAUAUGAAACGUGAACUGAAUUUUAAAUAUCCGAUUAAACUAUACCGAGUUAACAAUUUUAUCCCGAUUUUAAUUAUAAAAAGACUAUCAAAAAUUUGAGGAUCCACAUUUGAGAUAUUUGAUUAUUCGGGUACACUAGCUGAAGUAGUUACGACGAGAGAGAUCUAUUCUAAUCAUGAUAAUAAUAAUCAGCUCGAGAACGGCCCUAUUAUAGGCUUCGAACAUCAGACCACUCCUUUUUCUUCGUCUGCUUUUCUAUGUGCACAAUCCAAACGAUAUCGAUCGCGGAAAAAAAGAACCGAGCAUAGUUAGAUUCUCAUCAUUGGUACGAUGUUUUAAAUAAGCUUAUUAGAUAAUGCAUGUUCUAUGAGCUGUUGUACUUCCCUGACAAUGUUUUACUCUAAUUGGAGAAACUUGGAGAGAUAGAUCUGUAACCUUUUGUAUAUCCAGAGAACCGUUCGUUGACAUUAUAUUAUCUAUUCCGAGUCUCUACUUUAUCUAUGUGAUUAAAGAAACAAAGAAAAGAAUAAUACAAUUAUAAAAUCUAUCGAUGUAUUUGAAAGUUAUAAAAAAUUAUUUUCUCAAUCGUAUAAACGAUUAUCUCCUUUUUCGUACGCAUGCCACAAAGUGGUUCGAACGUAUAUGUACAUCGAAUUAUUACUUCUUGAGACGUUAGAAAUAUGCAAAUUUUUUUUUUUAGAAUAAAAUACGCUUAGUUUGAAACGGGAAAGUAGAAUUGAAUUUUUUCCCUGCCAUUAGAUACAAAAAGUGUCUAAAGGUCACCCCAAUUAUUUUUUAAAUUCACACUAAAUUUAUCUUGCGUUGUAUUCUAAAGUGGAUUCAAUUGACUGUAUAUGAUCGCAAAUCAACCCUUCCAAAGGCACGGUAGUCAUAAAUUUGCCACCGUUUUCCGCGCCGAGAAGUGGUUCUCAAACGUUACAGUUUGACGCUGUACCGUUAAUUCAACCGAAGAAAUUAGUAUCACGCGUGCUAUUCAAUUUACUGAAUUUCACUUUAGAAUUUCUAACAAAACUGUGAUGAAAAACUAUACGAUGCCGCAAAAAAGAAUUUCAUUCUAUUAUCAGAGUUUUCUUGUACAAUGAUUUAUCAACUAAUAACAUUAGUAUAUCGACAAGUUACAAAUUGUGGAUUAUAAAUUUUUGUUUACAAACGAUAAUCGGAUAAUCUAUCAGAUAGGUUUUUCAAGUUCACUUGUAAAAUUUCAUUUCAUUUCGUUACUAUAAACAUAUGUCACUGUCGUACGAAGGUAUUUAUUAAUAUUAGUAACUCGUAACUUGUCAAAUUUCACUGAUAAUACCAGUUCAAUUGUGCAAAAUAAUCCAGGUUACUCCUUUCAAGACAAAACGACUUUCCUGUAACGAAUCACGUUCGAUAACUGAAAAGAUGAUCGGACGCGUAUACGUAAUCAAACUUGAUGUAUAUAUUGUAAGUUUAAUGCGUAGAAAAUGCUGCGCGCAUGCAAUCCCGUUUCAUAAGCAGUAGAACUUGCAGUUCGUGGUAAUAUAUGUACGUUGAAACGCAAGAGAUCCGGAUUUUCUUUCUUUUCAAAUCUUUUCCCUCUCUUCUGUGCGUUGAAUCGCCCCUCGCGGCCCCCACCACACACGUUGCAUGCCGGCGAAACGAAUAAGACAACUAGCUAACGCAUGUAACGGUGCUCCGCCGUUAUUUUUGGAACGCUUCAGCGACUUGAAGGAGAUAAAAUUUUAUCAUCCCUCGAAAACGGGGACGCGACAGAACGCGGCAGAAAGUAUACAUCACGGAAUACAAGGCAUCGUGCUCAAGCAAGAAACUGCUGCUACCGUGAAUGACGCUGCGGGAAAACAGAUUCGAGUCGCGUCUCAUGACAGAACGAAGGAAAGCAAACCGAUUAGGUGAUUGGUGUGGCCGACGUGAAUCUUAGCGGUGGUAUAGUAGCGUGCCACACGCGAGUCGUUUUUUAAUUGCCCUUUCCGUAUGCCGAUGCGCGCGUGCGCCGUCAUAUUAUAAUUACAUUACGUUUCAUACGAAAAGUAUCGCGUCACUCGAAUCUAGUGGCAACGUUGUAAUAAACUUGUCAUCGUAACGUUUCGACAGUUUGUCACCUUCGUUAUCUAGACAUUUUCGUUAUCAAAAAACCGGUUUCAGCGAAAUAUAGUUUACAUUACACAUUGACGUAUAAUGUUAAUUUUUCAAAAGGCUUUUCCCAUAGAAAAUUUCAUCGAACUUAGAUAUUGUAUAUAUAUAUGUUAAAAUUUCACUUGUUAUCUUCGAAGGGCACGCGAUCAAAACCUGUACGAACGUACGUCAAAUAUAUAUCUGUAAGAUCGGGAAAUCGACGGAAAAGUUACUUCUAUGCGAUCAAAGUCUAGAUGUUUCUCUUUCAAGCAAAAUGUCGUAAUACGAAAUAAAGAAAAGACUUAAUUACGUGCUUUUAAGAUUUGCCUAAACGAAAUUACGUUAGGUAUCGCUAAAAGUUGUUCCUUAAACGUUUAUUUUCGAUGAUGGAAUCGGAAUUUAUACGUCAUAUCUAUCGAUCCAAGGAACUGAUUAUAGGAUUAUCCAUUAAUCGUUAAACACUCAUUAACGUUCUUAGAUAUACAAAUUAGGUGGCUACAGAUGUACUUCAUCAGAACAAUCACUCGUCAAAAAUAGGCUGUGGAAUACCACGAGAUGAUUCGUUCCACGAUACGUAUUAUGUGUAGCAAAAUGAAAGAUAAUGUAAAUCGCGCGUGUGCACUAUAUUUUGUUAUAUUAAAUAUUCAAAUUGCGCGUAGUUUUUCAAUGAACAAAAGUUCCUGCUAUGAAAAUACGAUUUCGCGGUCUUUUGAGUGCUUUUGGUAGUUUGUAUUCUUUUGCAUUUUUUAUGCCUGCUACUAAAAACACGCGUUACGAAUACCAAUAUGAAUUUGUGAAAUAUUUAUUUUUGGAAAAAUAAUACUUGUAGAAAAAAAUUAGAACAUUUUCUUGAAAAAAAAAAAAAAAAAAAUAUUUCCACUUUCUUGUUCCUGUAUAUUUAUAUAUAUUCCUUCCUUUUUU